AUGGAAGGUCAGGAUAUCAUUGACGUUGAAAAUGAGGUCCGCGAAGCCGGGGACAAUUCUGCGCCACCUGCUGCCGAGCAUCCCGCUGAUACG